GUUGUUACCAGUCGUGUCAGGUUUAUAUCAACCUCGCGAAGUAGUAAACAGGCACAUAACGCAAUGGCCGUAGGCGGUAAAAGAUAUUUUCUAAACGUUGGUUCGUAUAGUAGCGCGGGGUUUCUGCUUAUAGUGCUUGUAAUGGUUGUAAUACUUGUUUGGACUAUGCCCGACAUCAAGCCCGUUGAUGGCAACACAUAUAUUUGUUUGCAGGAUAAUAGAUAUUUGCGCUGCAGCGAAACGGUGACAACUUUAAGUCAGAUUUUAGAAAAGGAAGUUGAGAAUGUUUAUGCAAAACCGGCAAAGCAAGAUGCAGAAGAUACAAAAUCAUAUUUUAAUACUCACGUGAAGAUAGAGCUUAAGAAUGAUUACCUGGCUUCAAUUCCUGACAUGAAGCCCGCAGCAAAACUCGUCGGCCAAAUAUCAAACCUAAAACAGGAGCCUCAAAGACAAGAAAUGGAGUCCGUCGUGUCAUGGCUUAAUGGCAGGGAAUUAGACUACACUACCGGUUUCCUGAGAUACGGUGUCAGAUACCACAACGGUCGUCUGAUUGUACCACUCACGGGCACCUACAACAUAUACUCCUUUCUGAGUUUGACAGAAAGCAAUGACUACUCACCAGUACAACCUUCAGUUAAAAGCACCAAUCAGACGCUGGUAAAACAUGCGAUGUAUAAAUAUAAUGUAAAGAUUAGAAAAGAUGUGGAGCUAGCGUCCUCUCUUCAAACGCAUCGGGCAUCAAACGGUCGAAAUUUUAAUGCUUUCAGUUCUCAGAUCUCAACGUUGGUACAGUUAGAAGCAGGCGACGAAAUUUCUGUCAAAAUCAGCGAUAUCUCAUUAACGUCAUACCCCAGCGACAAUUUCUUUGGGCUUCACAUGAUUUGACUUCUUGUUAGCAGCCAGCACAAUACAUGUCCAUCUAUUGGGCUGCGUGCACGUCGCGUGGAUGCUAACAACCGAAGGCCCGAUCAACGCACUUGUUCUUCGUCAAAUUUCCUUCGAUGAAAUCUGUCCCACAUGCAUCAGACAUAACAUUCUGAUUAAAACAUAUACAUGAUUUAAUAAAUUAUAGACAAUAUUA